UGUCGUAAACUUUAACUUUCACAUUUUCACAUGGCAUGUUGUGCAGAUUUGCAGAAUAUGCAUGAACCGAGGGCUGACGUUCCAAGCCGAUAAAAAUAUUUCAACGACAGCAGCAUGCAUUUAAGUUUUGAAAAGUCUGUGCAAAAGGCAUAAUUACAUAUAAUAAGUCUCUUAGAAAUAUUUUGUUUAAAAUUUUGACAAAUUCGCUUGCAUUCUAAAUUCCAACAAGACAGCUGCCAUGUUCAAAUUUGGUGACAAUUUUUAUCGGGAAUACAAAUCAAAGUUUGCACAGAGUAAUUCGCACCUGUCAUUUGACCAACCACUGUUUAUUUUGGUCUUCGUUCUCUCCAUUUUCAUCAACAAGUAUGUCUUGUCAGUGCUCAACUUUACUUAUCCGACGAUUUUCCAAGGCUGGCAGACUUUGGUCGGGGUCAUUGUGCUCAAGAUCUUUGUAAUAUGCAGCAGCAAUAAAGUCUGGCAGGUGACAAGACUGGAGAGGCAUGAUUUUCUGCUCCUGGUGCCUCACUUCAUUUUCUAUGUGUCUGCCAUCGUGGCGGGGUCCAAGGCCCUGUCGAAGCUGCCAAUCUCUGUUUUUGUGAGUGUGAGUGGCCUUCCAUCUAGCUGCAUCUUUCUGCUGGACAACCUCCAAGAAAGUGACUCGACAGCCACUCGUGCCCAAAUAGCUUCUGCAGGAGUCACUUUUGCCACUUCAGUCCUCAUUUUGCUAACAGACACUCAGCUGGAGGAGGAAAUAAUGUUGGAGCCAACGAACAGUCCAUAUUACUGGGCUCUGUUUUAUGUCAUAUGCUUGACUGCACAAUCUCUCUACGCAAGGAUUUCUGAUGCGCACAAAUAUUCCUCACUAGAUAAAUUUUACUACAGCAAUCUUUUUAGUGUGAUAAUUCUGGCCCCUGCCAGUGUGUACCUCGAAGAAGCAUUCCAAGCUCUGCAUUUUGAAUAUGCCAAGCAAACUCUCUUCCACGUUUCCUGUCUACUCUCUGGCCUCUUGGCAACGGCCGUAGGACUCCUUCACUGUCGUGCCUCAGCAGACCCAGAUUCUGACCUCACACGAGGCCGAGCUGUUGCUGGUUUGGUCAGUUUUCUCAUUCCUGUCUUCAUUGUGCCAGAGAGCCCUGUUGUUAAGUGGUUGAUCUUCCUGAACCUCACCUCAGGACUACUUUUUCCCUUCGAGGAGGGCCAGAAUGAGCCCAUCGGCAGAACGGUCUCUCUUGCAAGUAUACAGAAAAAUCUGAUGGUUAUUUGAUGUGAUAGCUGAUUAAAAAUUUCAGUGCAAUGUAAAACUGUGUGAGUCGUGACAGGUAGUUAAAAUUUAUUGGCUGCUUCUCACUGAAAUUAAGUGACAUAUUUGCAUUUUGUAGCGUAACCAUGACUGAAAAAUAUAUUUUAAGUAUCUUCUUUUUA